AUGGUCUUCGUGGCGGGGGAGCGCAACAAGGCCCUCAUCGUGGUCGACCUCGGCGAUCAGGCCUUCUGCCCGUUCUGCAAGAAGGUGAAGUCGGCCCUGGACAGCAUGGGCGCCUCGUACGAGGUGCUGGAGCUGAUGGACUCCGGAAGGCAGCCGCUGGUGGACGACGUGGACGGGGUGCAGGAUUACAUGCAGGAGCUCACUGGUGCCCGGUCGGUGCCCCGCGUGUUCAUCGGUGGCAAGUUUGUGGGCGGCGCGGAUGACACGAUCGCGAAGAAGGCCAGCGGAGAGCUGCAGACGCUCCUCGAGGGCGCGGGGGCGCUCGGCGGGGCGCCGGCGCCCGCCGCGGCCAAGGAGCCGUUCGUCCUGAGCGACGAGGCCGUGGCGGCGUCGGUCGCGGCGGCGGAGAAGAUCAAGGUGAAGGUGGGCGACCCGAUCCCCGCCGUGAACCUCGACCUGGGCUUCCCGCCGGACCCUUUCCCGAUCGCCGACUUCUGCAAGGGAAAGAAGGUGGUGCUGGUGGGGCUCCCGGGUGCCUUCACGCCCACCUGA